AUGCCAGACAAAAUUAUUGCUUCUGAAAGCGUGGCAGAUGUUGCUCGCGUCGCUUUUAAAGCACCCCCAUUUUGGCGCGCUAAUCCAGAAGUGUGGUUUAUUCAAUUGGAAUCUCAGUUUGUAGUAUCUGGGAUAAGCGCCGACGACACAAAAUAUCACUGCGUUGUGUCUGCUCUAGAUGGAGACGUUCUAACCUUAAUUUCGGAUAUUAUUCGGCAGCCACCUGUUGAUAAUAAAUAUGAAACAAUUAAAAAUAGAAUAAUUGCAAACUAUGCAGAUUCCGAAAGUGCUCAUUUGAAAAUGCUUCUUGAACACUUAGAAUUGGGAGAUAAACGACCUUCGCAUUUAUUACGCUCCAUGCAAGAUCUCGCUGGUAAUUCUAUAAGCUCAGAAAUUUUACGUUCACUUUUUCUUCAGCGUUCACCGGUGUCCGUGCAACAAAUUCUUUCAGUUUGCAUGGAAAAAGGCGAGCAAAAUUUAUCUCUCCUAGCCGAAAAGGCCGAUAAAAUUUUGGAAGUAACUCAAAAUUCAUUGACAGUAAAUUCUAUAAAUGUGACAGAUGACAAUUCGCGUUUUCAAAAAUUGGAGGAUGAAAUUCGUAAACUUUCCGAGACUGUUACACGUUUGUCUAGACAACAAUAUCGGAAUAAAAAUAAAUUUACCGCUCGUAGACAAGGUUCUCGUUCAAGGUCGACGCAGCGCACUGUGUCGAGACCUCAAUGCUGGUAUCACUAUAAAUUCGGUACUGAAGCUAACAAAUGCAUUCCUCCUUGCAAUUACGCUCAAAAUUCGGAAAACUGA